GUUCAUUAUGUGUUUAGCGUUAUUAUUGACCUCUUUCCCUCUCUCUCUGUUUCUGGCUUUUCUUAUAGCUUAGCUCUGAAAAUCAUAUCAAACCAAAUACUAUAGAUACAGAUAUAAAGAUAUAGAUAUAGAGAGAGAGAAAGUUGGUGCGUAUAUAGAGUGAGAAAAUAAACAAAAAGUGAAAACAACGAGGGGGUUAGGUCGCAGUUAUCUUCUCCUCACGCAUGGAUCUCCUUCUCUUCUCUGCUCUUUCUCUCUCUAGACGGUAACGAUCACUGUGGACGUUUCUGAUUGAAGAGCGAGGAAGAUUCGUGGGAGGUUCUGCCUCCUCUCUUUCUCUAUAUAUAUCUACAUAAUAUAUAUAUAUAUAUUGAUUUUCUCUCUCGAGCUAUGGGAGCUUGCGUAUCGACGCCGGAAAGUUGUGUGGGAGGUCGAUCGAGUUCGUCGAAGAGGAAGUGUCGCAAGCGAAGGAAAGCAAUCAAGCAGCGAGUUUCGUCUCGUUUGUCUGAUCGAUCGUUGGACAAGGUCCACAAGUCGGCCCCUUCGGAUCGCUCCCAUAACAAUCCCACUUUUCAUGGAAGUAUUGAGGAGGCAUGGUUUGAUUCUGCUGCUAUACUUGACUCUGACUGUGAUGAAGAUUUUGAAAGUGUCCAGGAUGAUGUGCUGUCCCAAAAUGGAUUUGAAGGUUCAUCUGUAUCAGGGUACUUAACAGCAGGAAAUUCUGCACGCAACUCUCUCAGUGAGGUUGUUAAAAGUUCAAUCCAUUCAGAUGAUGUUGAUUCCAAAUCAAAAUCUGAAGGACCUCCAAAUGAAGCAAAGCAACCUGUUUUCCUUGAUGAAAUCUCCUCCUCUGUGGAUGAAAAUGGUGGCAGGGAGGAAGGAGUAAUGGAAAAUUGUGGAAUUCUUCCAAACAACUGUUUGCCUUGUCUUGCUUCUACUAUCCCUUCAGUUGAGAAGAGAAGAUCACUAAGCUCUAGUCCACCAAACUCAAGAAAAAAGGGUGCAUCAAGACUUUCCUUCAAAUGGAGGGAUGGACAUCCUAGUGCCACUAUGUUUUCUGCAAAGGAACUUCUGGAAAGACCAAUAGCAGGUUCUCAAGUACCUUUUUGCCCCAUAGAAAAGAAAAUGAUGGAUUGCUGGUCAAAUAUUGAACCGAAUACUUUCAGAGUUCGGGGAGAGAAUUAUUUUAGGGAUAAAAAGAAGGAAUUUGCUUCUAAUCAUGCAGCAUAUUAUCCUUUUGGUGUUGACGUAUUCCUAUCUCAGAGGAAAAUUGAUCACAUAGCUCGGUUGGUGGAACUCCCAAUUAUUAAUUCAUCCGGGCAGCUUCCACCCAUUCUUGUCGUAAAUGUUCAGAUUCCACUGUAUCCACCCACUAUUUUCCAGAAUGAAACUGAUGGGGAAGGAAUGAGUAUUGUUUUGUACUUUAAGCUAUCUGAAAGUUACUUAAAGGAAGUUCCAUCCAAUUUUCAAGAACAUAUCAGGAGGUUAGUUGAUAAUGAAGUAGAAAAGGUCAAAGGAUUUCCAGUAGAUACAAUUGCUCCUUUCCGGGAAAGAUUGAAGAUAUUGGGCCGUGUAGCGAAUGUGGAUGACCUUCCAUUAAGUGCACCAGAAAGGAAGCUUAUGCAUGCUUACAACGAAAAACCCGUUCUUUCACGACCUCAACAUGAAUUCUACUUGGGAGAAAACUAUUUCGAGAUUGAUGUGGAUAUGCACCGAUUUAGUUACAUCUCUAGGAAAGGGUUUGAAGCAUUCCUGGAUAGACUAAAGCACUGCAUUUUGGAUGUUGGACUUACAAUUCAGGGGAACAAAGCUGAAGAGUUGCCAGAGCAGAUAUUAUGUUGUAUACGGUUAAAUGGAAUUGACUACAUGAAUUAUCAGAAACUGGGUUACAGUCAACAGUCCAUUUAAAUUGUGCACAUACACUGUAAGGCUCAAGAUUAAUAUAUUAAAUAAAAAUAUAUUUUUUCUAUAGAAAA